AUGAGAGUGAGCAGGAAGAAAACUGAGUAUCUUUGCACAGGUGGAGGUCAGAAAGAAGGUACCAUCAGAAUUGGAGAUGUCCAAGUGAACCGAGUGAAGGAUUUCAAGUACCUAGGUUCAACCGUACAAGAAGAUGGGGGCACCGAGCAGGAAAUUGCGAGGAGGAUCCAGUCGGGAUGGAAUAGUUGGAAGAAGAUCACCGGAGUUGUAUGUGACCGCAAGGUGCCAGACAAGGUGAAGGGAAAGCUUCACAAGCUCAUGAUCAGACCGGCGAUGUUAUAUGGAUUGGAGACGGUCCCUCUAACCAAGUCGCAGGAAAGGGAACUAGAGGUGGCAGAGAUGAGGAUGAUGAGAUAUGAGGUCGGAGUAACUAGGUUGGACAAGAUCAAGAAUGAGACUACUAGAGAAAUACUGGGAAUUGAGCGAUACGGUGAAAAGAUCCGGGAGAGUCGACUUAGUUGGUUCGGGCAUGUGUAUAGGAGGGAUGAAGAGGAGCCUUUUGGAAGCUACUUGAGCGAGAUGGACCCUCAGGGGCAACAUCUCUACCUACAACAUCUCAGGAGGCGUGAAACCCUUUUCGCCCAGGAGAACCGCCAAAGGACAAUGCUUGUGACCUUCCAAGUAAGUUCUGAGCGCUCGAUUGUGAGUGAUCCUAGAGCUCUGGAUGAACGAUCUGCUAGGUCAUCUGCUAGUCUUCCGAAAUUCAUAUGUUCGUCAGAGACGACUUCCAAAUAUUUGUUGAUGGAAACUGAGGCAUAG